AUGAGCAAGUCGUUGAUUCUAUUGGUUCUUCUUGCAGUUUCUGCUUUUGCAGUUCCAAAUUUGAGAGCCAAAAGAGCACCAGAGCCACAAACAGAAGCCAUUGAUGGAACCACAUCCGAGUUGAGCCCAGGAGACGACACCCCAGCCCAAUUUGAGGAGGAAGCUUCUGGAGAAGAAGAGCACCACGAGCAUCACAUGGAAGCAUCUGGAGAAGCCCCAGAAAAAUCCUCAUCCGUCGCUGCUCCAAUGGAGCCAAAGAUGGAAGAGCCAAAAAUGGAAGAACCAAAGAUCGAGGAGACCACAACUGAAGAGACUCUCUCCAAAGAGCCAGAAGCCGAUGAGAAGCCAAUUGAAGCCGCCACUGUUAUCAGCUCAGCCGAAGAGACUCCAUCCACUACUGAGGUUCCAAUGACAUCUUCCGAAGAGCCAGCAACAUCUUCUGAGACUCCAGUCUCUUCUGCCACUUCUUUUGUUUCAUCCCUCUUUGUUCUUGUCUGUGUCUACCUCAUUGCCAUGUAA